AUGGAAGAGGAUCCAUGUGUAGUGCUUGGUUCAACGGUUUCUGAUAUAAGUGAUCUGAAAAAAGAUAUCGUUAGUCUUGGCCGUGUUCUAAGAGCUUGUGAUUUUCAAAACGUGGAUGAUUUAAAGGACAUUGAUGAAAUUAAUUCAUUCCCAUAUAAAAUGUAUUGUUACGAGGAAAAGAAUGAAAUAACUUCAUGUGGGACUAUUUUUUCUGAUCUCAAAAGUAUCAAAAGCCUUUUAUCCGAUACCUCUAGUGCUUUUUCAUCAUACAGUGAACAAUUACGGACCGUAUCUUCAGUUGUUAACAAACUUUCAGAACUUCCCAAAGUAGCAUUGUCCGAAAACUCGUGCCUGGGCUCGAUAGAAACAGAGCAAGAUUUCUAUCACCUGUUAAGUACAUUGGCUAGAGGUUUACAAAGCGGAUUGUUUGCUCGUAUACGGGAAUUGAGUACAUUUUCUCUAGACAAAUGCCUAAGUGAAUUUAUAGACCAAUAUAAUGAGCUGAAUAUAAAAUAUAAUGAACUAUUAGUAAUGUCGUCUCAAAUACCUACAAAACAGUCAAGUUCUACUGUUCUCCUCGACCAAACUGCUGUCUUUGAAAUGCUUGAAAGAGAAAUGAGCAAUUCCGCCAAAGAAAUUGAACAUGUCCGUUCCAGUUUUGAAUCUCGUUUAAACUCCAUCACUGCUGAUUGGGAAUGUGAACGGUCAAAGUUGAUGACGGAGUUGCACAAAAAAGAAGUGGCAAUCGAAGAAUUGCAGCAAUUAAUAGAAGCUAAAGAAAUGGCUUAUUCAAAAGUUAAAGGUGAUCUAGAUGAAUUAGUACAACAAUUCUGCUCAAAAGAAAAUACUGCAGUCGGUCCAAAUAUGUCUUUAAAUCAGUUACGGUCAUUUCUAAAUAAACUUGAAAAUAAAUGUCCAUGGAUUUGGGACUUAUUCUAUGGAAAUUGCAAUGAAAUAACGUCUUCUGCAUUGCCAAAUCCUAUUGAACAGAAAAAGUCACUAAACAAAAUUAUUUUAGAAAGAAACGAGCUUGAAGAUCAGUGGCAUCAAACAAAACAAGAGCUACUCUCACUUAGGAACUCACAUGUUGAAUUGACUAAUCAGUUAAAAGCUAAAAAUGAUGAGCUGAAUGAGAUGUUUGAAAAAUCGUCAAAACUACAACAACGCGUAUCUCACUAUCGUGAAUUAGUGAAUAAACUAUGUGAUCCGAGAAUGGCUGUUGCUUUUGCAGAUAAUGUUCGUCAAAAUUUGUCUUCCAAUAAAACUGAUGUUCAUUGUAGCAGUUCAUCUACUAUUCAAUCAACUCCUUUGACUAAUUCAUCAAGCUCAAUGAAUUUUAAUAAUAUAACUCCUUGUGUACAAUCAGAUCAAGAAAACUCAUUAGCUACAGUUAGUACACUUGUAACAAACAAAUCGUCUUCGCCGUCUUCUCGUAAAUCUUCCGAAACCUCAUCUACAUCAAUCUUCUCUCGCGUCGGUGCUGCAGUUACGGCGAUUGCUAAUGUUAUAACUUCGCCUAAACGUCCUCAACAGUCUCCUGAAUAUUCAUCUGAUAAUAAACGCAGUCGUCCCUCUGUAUCUGUUACAGAACCUACAGGUUUAGCGAAAUCUGAAGAAAAACCUGUUCUCUAUGAUGCCGUUCCGAAUAAAAUUUCGCAUCCCAUUUUAUCAACGAAGUCGAGUAAUUUUGUCAUUCCUGAAAAACCAAUCUUACCAUCAUCAUCAUCGUCUUCAUCAUCAACAGCCAUUCUUGACAACGGCCCUAUGAGACAUCAUAGUUCAACACGUAAACCACUUACGGAAUUGCCUAGAUCAAAAGUUAAAUCGCCUACCACCCACAAAUCGGAUCAUUUUCUUUCACCAUUUUCAUCUACUCCGCUUUCAAAAAAGGAAUAUGUCGAAAAUUGUUCAAAACCGAUUACCGAUUUUCAUGAUUUUCAUUCGGAAAAAUUAAAUCCUGAUUUUAGCUUUUUGAAACAUGGACCAUUAGCAGAAAGUACAUCUCAAUUACCACAGGAUGUACUCCGUUCUGUUCAUGCUAAUAUUGGUAAAGAUCAUCAAGAUGCUAAUCGUCGACCAUCUGAAUUCAUUGAUCGUCCUACUAUUUCUCAACCACAAAAUAAGAAAGAUGAAAUUUUUCUUACUCCUGCAGCGCCUAAACCUCUCAAUCCAUCUUGGCAAAUUUCUAAGCAAGAACCUUCAAAACAGAAACCAUCUCUAGAAGUACAUAACAAUAUGAACUCAAACGAACUGAAUAAAAUCUCAUCAUGCAGUGAUCAGAAAAAACGGGAUAACAUUUACACUAACACCAACUCUAUCAGUCAGAAGAUUCAGAAAAAUUCAUCAACAGCAUCAGCUCCUACAUCACUGCAUAGAAAAACUUCAAACACUAUUACACCACCUCAAGAGUGUAAUCCAUCCUAA